CAGGACGUCCGUACUGCACCAUCCUCCUUGUCCAUCUGGAGAGCCGUCACGCUGCACAAGCGGCUGAUCAUAUGCUGUGGCAUGAAACCCGCCAGUUAGCUGGAAUGGUCCUUGCAGAUGAAAUCGUACGACUGCCGGGUUAUUCUUGGUGUCGUGUGCUCCUCUUUUGGCCGUAUUUCUGCCGCUAGCAUGUGCAUGGGUGGCAUCAGAAGCCUUCUUGUGUGGCAGCGUCCUUUGCCUUGAGGCUCCUCGAUGCAGCUCGGCCAGCGGUUGAAAGACGUCUGCAGCCGCUCGCAACUGGGGCACCCUGUAACGUAGAGAUAUCUUCCCCUAACAUCUUGUUUCUCUUACAUAGUACUUGUACCGCACUCCUUCCUACUUCGUCGCUGCGGCCUGGACGUAGACCUUUGAACCAUUUUCACAUACCGUUUUGCUAGCGCUGCGUCCCACAGAGCUGGCUCGAAGGAUUUCAAGACGCAGAACCUGACACAUUUGACAGCUUAUUUAUAAUAUUUAAUUGAUCCUCCGUGAGGCUUGGUGCGAUUCUGUUUCUCACUCCAGCUUCGUCGACGACCUGUCGUUCACGCAAACCUUUUGGAGCACGACCACAUCUAAAACAAGCACGAUGGCCUCGACUAUGGCCGCCUCCUUGAUCAAACCUGGCUAUGCGACCAGACUGGCCAAUGAACCCAACGGCCACCGUCGCCCGGCCGCACCGAUGGACACAGUGGGACCGUUGCCAGCGAUCAAGCUGGCGAUUCCCAAGACCCCCUUCACGGCACCGAAGAACGGAUUGCCAGUCAAUCCCAGUCCUCACACGGGCAUCGUCGAUCCCGCCAUCCAGUUCCCUGCGGGCGGGAGAAACUCGCCUCCCCUGUUCAACAGAAGGCGCAGUCCGGCGAUGAAUCAAGCUGAAUUUCUAUCCCCACUUGACGCUUCGUCCUUUUCUUCUCAGCUGCCCGUGGGCUUUGCACAGGACAAAGCCACACAGACGGACGCACCGGAUCUCUCUCGAUCGCCGUCGCAGGCUUCGAUUCGUGGCUGUCAGUACUGCCGCGGGUGCCAGCGCCGGUUGGGCCACGCCCGUUCGAACAGCCACUCGUCGAGCACGUCCUCUGUCGCCUCCGCCUCUCCGGAAACCGGCAGCCCGGAGAUGGGAAACGAGCCGAGGAGGUCCUCUUCGUCGUUUGGGCGCAAGUUCAAGUUCAAUCUCUUGCAGCGAUCUAGCUCGAUGCCCGCCCGCAAUCCAAACAGGGGGCCGGCUGCGCGCGACGACGAUGGCGACGGCGGCGGCAGCGGCGUUGACAACGAAGCCAGAACCGCGCGGAAGAAGUCGGUGUCGAAAGCGAAGCCUGUCAAGCGGAUUGCUUUCGAACUGGUUGACGCGGAGGACCACUGGGCAGAAUAACGCGCGUCAAUCACGGUUGAACAAGGGGUUGGCGGUUUCUUUGUUUUGCUUUUACUGCACCUAUUCCCCCAAGACAGACUCUCUUUUUUUUUCUUCUCUUUCUUUCAUGUUCUUCUCCUUGUUCAGCGUUCACGUUUAGACGACGAUCUUUUCUCACGUCAUGCCAAAGGCGACGGCACUGGCCUUCACGGCAAACGCGUGGCUCGGGGGCGGGGCCAUUCACCGUCAUUGCUUGACGGUCGCGCGCAUGUGCGAAUCGCAGGAAACGAACUCGGGCGGAAGCUUUUGGUUGGCGCACGUUGGUCUUUUCUUUCUACACGGGCGUUCACGGAAGGGGGGACGGUGGUUCUCUGCUUAGGCCAGCUGCAGCAAGACGGUAUUCAGACUGUAUCUAGACACGGCACAGCACCCAGUUUUCGUCACUGCUCAAAACGAAAGCAAGUUAGUUCCCAGCUAGCAAAUCUGAGGGCGAGAAGCGCGAAGAUCACACAAAGAG